AUGGGUAUCUGGCAGAACACUCUGGUAAAGAUGGGCGUGGCCCAGCCGGGUCCCAAGAUAACCUCUCAAGAUAGAGCCAUUCUCGAUCUCAAACUGCAGCGAGACAAGAUGAAGCAGUAUCAGAAACGUUUACAGGUCGUCCUGGACCGCGAACAGGAGAUCGCCCGAGAAGCUCUGAAAGCUGGCAAUAAGACACGAGCUCUCGCGACCUUGAGGCAGAAAAAGUACCAGGAACAGCUGUUAGCAAAGACCGACACCCAGUUGAUGACCCUCCAAGAACUAGUGGCAACGAUCGAAUUUACCCAAAUACAAAACACUGUGCUACAUGGUCUUGAAAUGGGUGCCGAUGUGCUCAAAGAAUUGCAUAAGGAGAUGUCUAUCGAGAGGGUGGACAAGUUGAUGGACCAGACUCGGGAAGGCAUCGAAUAUCAGAGGGAGAUCGACGAAGCACUCAUGUCAAAGAUGUCCCCUGAAGAAGAGGAUGCCGUACAGGAGGAGCUUGAGCAGCUACAGAAAGAAGCCAUGCCUUCCGUUCCGGAGACACAGCCCCCUGUAUCUUUACCAGAUGCCCCAACCGAGAUUCCGACAGAUUCCGAACCCGCAGCGGAAGAAGGAUCCCGAUCAGAGACUGUCAAGGAAGAACGGGUAGCGCUCGCGGCAUGA